AUGUCUGGAUACACAGUCGACGAGAACAGCAAAGCGGUCUAUGGCGAGAGUUACGCUCGCAUGAACAAACUCCACGAAGAAGGCUACCCAAAGAGCGCCGCCGACGCCGAAGCAAUCGCCAUCAAUCUCAUCUCCUAUGCCGAUCUUCCUCUACUCCACAGAACCCACGCCCACAUGGUUUUGGGCUGCGGUAACCAAGACAACUUCCUUUGGCAUGCAGAAGAGGCUGUCCGCAUAGUCAAACAGGACAUAGAAUGGUACGGAGAGAGUCCCGUCCCUCCUGCAUUGCUGUCAGACGCCCAAGAUACGUUCAAUCAUGCCAAACAGGAUUACGAGCAAUUGGAGAAGAUCAAGGGAGAAAGGGAAGCUCAGGGCUGA